AUGAACCUUCACAAGGUUUGGUUCGGAUGCAAGAGGCUGAUCCGCGGUAACGUCUGCGGACUGUCGGCCAAAGAGGGGACCAUCGUGGCCGGGCUGUUCACCUUGGUCACGUCGAUCAUGCACCUCAUCUUCGAAUCGGGCAACCUACGCCUGUACAAGUUGACAAACUACACCAGCAGCAAUGAGAAGGUUUCAUUUUACGUGACCCUUCACCAGUUCUGCCUGACAUCCAUUGGCCUUGUGACUGUGGGCAUCUUUGCAGUCUUCGCCCUCUUCCUGUCCAUCUGGAAGGAGGUAUACUGGGGAAUCGCUGGCUAUAUCGUUUGGAUCGUCUUUUUCGAGUUGGGACAGAUGUUCCUCUUGAUUUUCUUUAUGCCCAAGCAUGAAAGCUUUCCAAAGACCAUGAACGCCAUGGAGUCCACAGGAAUGGUCCUCCGUUGCAUCGUCGAGGUGUACUGGAUCAUCUUCUUGACCCGCUACACCCUGGAGCUGUACAGAUUUCAGCAGAGGGUCGACGACACGGUCAAGGUCAAGCAGAAAGGUUCACAACGACUCAAGUUUGGAUCGGUGGUGGAGAUGGGGGUGUGA